AUGGCCGCCAAUACUGCGGCCGUUCCCUCUGUCGUGGGCGGCAGGCCUGAACGACGCUCCCCUCCCCCGACAGCCUCCCAAUCCAAGCGAGACCGCAAACGCCAGGUCCUCCUGGAUAGACUUGCAGCAAUGAACGAGAAAUUCCAGCGAGACCGAGAUACCACCUACCGCGAGCAGCUCCAAAAGAUCCAGCUCGAUACCAACCUUGUCCAGCGCUUCGACCCUUACGACCAGCGGGCGCUCGAGAUCAUCUCCGACUUACAAAAGGAACACAAAGAGAGCCAGGCUCCUACCGUCAACGCUGAGAAUGCCAGAAGCCUGCUGGACAUGGCUGGCCCCAAAUUUCUAAGCUUCAUUGAGGAGGUUGAAGACCUCAUUGAGGUCCGCGAUUUUCAGCUGACGCAGUCUAAGAAUGAAUUUGACUUCCGAGCUCAACAAUACAAAAAUGUUCAUGCCUACAAGGUCGAGACUGCUAAGCGCGAGCACAACGCUUUGACCAGCACUCUCCGCGACCGCCUCAUCAAUACCCUGACACACAAGAAGAAUAGACUGAAUCGCGAGAAAGAAGUCUUGGAGAUCAACGACUCCAACGCUCUUCUACUCAACCCAAACCAAUUCAGCAUUACCAACCCUUCCAGCCCUGGCGGUGCUCACGGAAAACGAGCGACCAGGCUCCGCAAAGAUGCCGAAGAUCUCCACAUGUAUUCCGACAACAAGAAGAGAAAGCGCAACGGCGGCGAAGAUGAUGGCUCUCCGGCGCCUACACGCAGGGCUCUGGAUCCCAAUUCUACCACUCCCCUCUGGCAGUCGGAGAAGGCCCGAGCCGCUGCUAAGCAGAACGGCCCGAUCUAUAGCAUCGACAAACUCUUCACUGACAAGGAGCUGUCUCUCCACUAUAACAACGCCGCCCUGGCGGCUCACCAAUAUAUCCUCCGUAACAGACUCAACGGCAACGGAUCAUCGCCAGAUGAUAGUGACUCUGGCAAUGGUGAGGAGCACGGCGAUGACGAGGUUUCUGCCCCUAUGAUGGAGCGCCAGGUCUCACACGCUACUAGAAGUACACGUGGAGCCGCGAACCAUAACUUUGUGGAUGACAAGAUCUUGGGAAUCGAGGGAAUUGCCAAUUUCGAAAUCCCAGCAAAUCUGGAUCUUGUCCAUGCUCUUGAGCCCCCGAAGAUGCCACCACCUGUCCCGCAGCAAUACCUCAAGGCAUAUCCCAGAAGCUCUGACCAGAACUUCCCCGUUCCUCUUGCCCAGGACGAUAUCUCUUCCGAUUUGUCGCUCAUGAACUACCUGAAGCAAUACGAUCAUGCCCACAAAGCUGGAGCUCAUCUCGAUGUAUCUUCAGGGUUCCGCAGGGUUCUCGAGGCCGUCUCGACUCCCUACCAUCAAGGACGAUUCGUCGCAUUCACUAGCGCGCCUCGAGAGGACCCCGAGGUAUUCCAUGACACGCUUCACCUGCCAGUCUCAAGUCUACGUGAUCACCCAAGUCCCAAAGUUGGUUCGUACUCGGCAGCCCCGAUGAGCCGACAGAGCAGUCUCGGCGGAACGGCCAUGAGCCGGAGUGGCAGCACGAGAGGUCGAGGAAGCCGACGAAACUAA